AAAUUUAAAUUUUUGUUUGUAGACUCGAAUAAAUAUAAUUCAGGUCAGGGCAAUAGUCAGACACCAGCAAAUGAUUUUUAUAAUAAUCAAAAUUAUUUCCAAGACAUAUUUAUGGAGCAUUCAAAGCCGCUGGAAUUAGAAUUCGGUCAUGUGUUUGAGACUCCUAGUAAGUGGGAGCAGAGAUUUGAAAAAAAUGACAUUGAAAAUAAAAGAUUUCAAGGCAAAGUACGAUGGGGCAAUAAUGAGGGCAGUUAUGGCGAACAUUAUUGGGAUCUCAAUCACAGAAAAUAAUAAGAUGUGUCAUUGCUUAAUGACGUCAGCUUUUAUGUCAAUUUAUAUGACCAAAUAAAGCGUUAGAUUGUAAUAGCACUGGUAGUUUAGUGGUAGAAUACUCGACUACAUCUAAUGUGAGUGACCCAGGUUCGAUUCCUGGCCGGUGCAAAGUUAUUUUUUUCUUAUUAAUUAAAUUCUGUUG